GCGAAGGUAGUGCGGUAAACGUAAAUUUUGUCACAAAGACUACUACCCACUGCAUUAUAUUAUAUUAUAACCUUUAAUAAUAUUAUUGAUUGAUAUACGUGAAAGAUCUGCUCACUGAUUUAUUGUCAACCGAGCUUUAGACCCUGAAUAGUUAUAAUUCAUCGUGUGUUUGGAUAAGGUAACGUUUGGUGUAGCAAGUUCGAUACGUGAUUAGGAAAACAGAACGUAGGCAAUAGAACAUUGCUAAUAUUUUGAAAGCCUUUCAGUCUACGGAUCAAAGUAACCACGUUUUUAGCGGUCUAAGGUGUUAUUAUUUCGUUAAAAGGACAUAGAUAGACUUUUUUAAAGAUAAUAAUGAAGAGAAUUUGGGAAAGGCAUUAACACCAUCGUGAAAAGCCAUGUCCAGUCCAACUCGUCAGAUGAAUACAAGACGACUCCCGCCACUUCCCGGAAAGGGAAAACGUGGCGCGGGUAGCAAAGGUCCAAGUAGUAGUCAUACUAAGUCGUACCAUAAAGUACCAGAUAUGAUCAUAACAGGUUUUAGUCCCAUUCCAAGUCAUCACCAUGGCAAUAACUCAUCAUUUUUCAACCACGAUGGGCCUUUAUCAAUUCACGAUCUAAACCGAGAAGCACUCAUCCAAUAUUUAAAUCAUAAUCCAGAGUUUUUAGAUACCUAUGUAUUAACUCAUGUAAACGAACAACAGAUAGAAAAUUGGUAUCUCCGAAAGACUUCACACUUAUCUCACCAUACGACAGAUCGACAGAAAACAUCAGAACAGUUCAAGCUAAAUGGUGACAGUCAUCACAUAUCAGACAAUUUUACUCAUUUUUCAAAAUUUACAUCACAAAUACAUACAACUAAAGGUCGUGUAGCGCACGUUUUAUCAAAAGAAAUAAACCAUCCUAGCGGUAGACAUAUUGCUUUAUCCGAGUUAGCUUCAUGUGUCGUCAAAGCUGUUCACGCCGAAGGAUGCAAUUUGUAUGCAACAGAUGCAGCUACUCAGGAAAUUGUUCUAAUCCGGGGUGGUAAAAUUGUAAACGAGAACAGGGAAAAGAUAUGUGACCGGGUUUCCAUAGCAGCCCAGGUUGCUUACAGUAAAGAGACAACACGCUUAAGAGAUGUUACUGUCGAUCAUCGAUUUCCAAAUGGCUUGGGAGUCGCCUGCAAUAGAUCAUUUUCAGUAAUAGUAUUACCUAUAAUGGAUGAAGAUGGAAAUGUUUUAGGUGUUUUAGAAGUGUAUAGAAAUUCCAGAUUUGGUCAGUUCUCAGAAGGAGAGGAAGAGGUUGCAUCUUUUUUAUUAUUAUGGUCUGGAAUAAUGGUAGAUUACGCUGAGGUCACAGGCACAAUUUUAGCAUGGGGAGGACUUCUACUACAAUAUGCAGAGAUUCACUCAAAUAUGACGAAGCAAAGAAAAUUACACGAAUUUUUACUAACCGUCACAAAGUCAAUAUUUCAGGACAUCGUGAGCAUGGAUACGGUUAUUAUGAAAAUAAUGAAUUAUGCUCAAAAGUUGGUAAAUGCAGAUAGGGCAUCGCUGUUUUUGGUCGAUAACCAAAGGCACGAAUUGUAUGCCCGAAUAUUUGAUAUUGGCAAUGGAAUUCUUUCUCAAGCAGAUACGCAGCAGAGAGAAAUCAGAUUUCCAAUAGAUAAAGGUGUGGCUGGUCAUGUCGCCUCCUCCGGUCAGAUAUUAAAUAUUCCUGAUGCCUAUAGUGACAGGAGAUUUAACAGAGAUGUUGAUCUUCAGACAGGCUAUCAUACGAAGACAAUCCUUUGUAUGCCAAUAUAUAUCAGGGGCAAUAUUAUAGGUGUAGUUCAAAUGGUCAAUAAACUAGAUGGGAUCUUCUCUAGAACAGACGAAGAAGCUUUUGAAACAUUUGCAGUGUAUUGCGGUCUGGCAUUACAUCAUGCGAAGUUAUAUGAGAAGAUUCGUCGUUCAGAACAAAAAUAUCGAGUUGCAAUAGAAGUUUUAUCAUAUCAUAAUCAAUGUACAGAUGAAGAAUUAAAACAACUUCGUAGUUUACAACACCCAGAAAAAUUAGAAGCUAUUACCAGCUAUGAAUACUCACCCUGGGAGAUCUCUGAUGUACAGAAACCCAUUUUUGUUCUAGAUAUGUUUAAGGAGCUAUUCACGUCAAUGAGUUGUUCUUCCAAUGAUCAAAGAUUUGAUAUCAGCGACCUGAGCCGUUUUACUCUGACAGUGCGGAAGAACUAUCGUCAUGUGCCCUACCAUAACUGGGUUCACGCCUUCUCUGUAGCCCAUUCUAUGUACACAGUUAUUAAACGUAGUAAUCACCAAUUCACCAGUACUGAGUGCCUAGCUUUGUUUGUUGCUUGUUUAUGUCAUGAUUUAGAUCAUCGUGGUAAAACCAAUGCCUUUAUGGUGAAAAGUGCAUCCCCCUUAGCAGCUAUUUACUCUACCUCAACUAUGGAGCACCAUCAUUUUAAUCAAACUGUCGCCAUCUUACAGCACGAAGGCCACAACAUUUUUAAACAUUUAACAUCGGAGGAGUAUAAACAGGUUUUAGGGGAUAUAAAACAUUGUAUACUAGCUACAGACCUUGCCCUAUUCUUUCCUAAUCGAGCUAGAUUAAAAGAAAUAGCGGACAAAGAUGAAUUUUCCUGGUCAAUACAAGAACAUAGACGUCUGCUUAUGGCAAUUUUUAUGACUGGUUGUGAUCUUUGUGCUAUGCACAAACCAUGGGAAAUUCAACUUAAUUUAGUUUAUGUUAUCAUGGAGGAGUUUUGGCAACAGGGCGACGAGGAAAAAUCUCAGGGAUUUAAGCCGAUGCCGAUGAUGGACAGAGAUAAACAAAAUGAAUUACCUCAACUGGAAGUUGGAUUUAUUCUAGGUAUAUGUUUACCUUGUUAUGAACUACUAGCUCAAGUCAUACCCAGUACAAAACCAAUGCUGGAUGGUACCAUAGCCAACCUAAAACAAUGGCAGGUCAUGGCUGAUAAAAAUAAAGAAGAAGCGUUAGAAGCAGCUAAACACGAAAACAACACAGAAAAAGCAUGACCAAGAAUUAAAUGUCUUUAAUUAAUUGACAUCUAUUCAAAUUGUUAUACACCGAUUCUCUUGUUGUUUAUACGUCUUUUGUGCUUGAUUAAAGUGUCCUUACCAAAAUCACGCGCACAUCAAACAGACUGUGUGUCUAUCAUAUAGACAAACAAUUUUUAUCUGCCUUGAAUUACUUCGACGUUCUACGUUUCAGUGUGUGGAACAUAGGUGCUACUUCUAAUUGGUCUAGUAUUCGAAUAAAUAUGUUGUAGCCAGCAGUGGAAGUUCGUCUAGAACAAAUAAUAUUGUUGCAACGGAAGUUCGUAUGAAACAAAAAAAUUAGAGGACCUGUAGGACUAAAAGGUAAGACCCAUUGCAGAUUUCGUCAUAAUUCACGAGAUGUAAAUAUGGUUAGGGUUAGGAUAAGAAUUAGGGUGAGGAGUAGGGCUAACUCUAACCCCACGAUCUCGUCAACAAUCACGUUCCCUAACCCUAUAUUUUGAUCUCCUGACCUAUGAUGAAAGCUGCAAAGGGUCUUAGCUUAUAUCUUUAGCAUAUCGGGUAAACGGGGCUUGCUAUAUAACACCAGAAUGACAGAAUGGGCAAGCUAGUAGUAAACAUGGGAAUCUUAAACAUUUUAGAGGAGCCAGUUUAUGCAAAUUAUGAAAUGCCCCCUUAAUUCGUAUUUUUGUCUUGAGUAUCAUUACGACUUGUCAGGGGGAUCACGUGGCUAAGUGGGUAAGACGCUAGCUCGCUAGCCUGGAGGUCGGGUGUUCGAUCCCUGCAUUGGCCGAGAAAGUUCAUCCAGAUUUUCCGGCGUGGUUCUCCCUUGUCAGUGAUGCAGGACGGAGGGGCUGGCAAGGAAAGCUGUCUAGUCGUUCGGAUGGGACGAAAAACCGAGGUCCCGUGUACACAUUGGCGUGCACGUAAAAGAUCCCUUGGCAGUUGGAAUUCGAUAUAAGAGUAGGCCGUAGUGCCGCUGUCCGGGCAAAAUUUCCCUCAUAGCACACUGUAUGGCGUAUGCCCGUCUUCAUUAGCCCAGGUUAGGAGCAGAACAGUAGGACGUUAAACCCCAUUUCAUUUCAUUUCAUUUCACGACUUGUCAGUAAACCAAUUUAAUAAAUGGUUAAGGCUGCUAUGGCUAUAAUAUAAAUAUCUUAAAAUUACGAAUAUCAUUAUAACAAUCAUUUUCAAAAAAAAUCUCGGUUGAAUUUAUAUGGAAAUGAAAUAAAAUGGGGUUUAAGGUCCUACUGUUAUGCUCCGACCGGGUUAUUGAAGACGGGCGUACCCCAUGCGGUGUGCUAUGAGGGAACUUUUUCCUGGCCAGUGUGUACACGGGACCUCUGGUUUUCGUCCAUCCGAACGAAUAUACGUUUUCCCUUGCUAGGCCCACCGUCCCACUCUACUGACAAGGGAAUUUAUAUGGGAUUAACUAUUUAGAUACCGAACGUUGAAAAACCCUAGUUCAGUCCAGAACGUGAUCACUAUUGAUCCGGUUGAAAAUUGCUUGUAUUGUAUUUGUCUUAAUUGAGUAAACAGUGCUCAAAUUGUUCUAUUAUUUAUACUCUUUAUGUUGUUAAUAUGAUCCUCCUGUCUGUGAUAUGUAUAUUGUGUCAUGAUGUUUUAAUUGAGAAACAAGUGUCAGUAAUAAGUUAAUAUAUUAUAUACAUAAACAUGUAAUAAUAUUUUUGGGAUUUAAAUACCAAUGCAGAUUGUUAUUAUUGCUGUCAAUAAAUAAUGAUAACUAUAUUAA